ACGUCACAAUGCCUGCUCUGUGAUUGGUCCGAUUCGCAGCUCGUAUUCAGCAUGGCGGCUCCUGACCCAGAGACCAACUAAUCGCCAUUAUGCCAGCUUUUCGACAGGUUGGGGAGAAACAGUUGCCCAAUGAAAUACUUUGUAUGGUGUGGUCCCCUAAACGGGACCUUAUUGCACUUGCUAACAAAGCUGGAGAGGUUUUGCUUCACCGACUUGCCCACUUUCAGCGUGUGUGGAGUUUGGCUCCUAAUGAAAACACAGGGAAAGAAGUAACCUCAUUAGCGUGGAGGCCUGAUGGAAAAGUUUUGGCCUUUAGUCUUGCAGAUACUCGACGAAUUGUACUGUGUGAUGUAGAAAAAGCAGAAAUUCUGCAUUUUUUUACAUUGGAAAAUGUUGUGACUUGUAUGCACUGGACCGAGGUGACAGAUCAGCAAAGUGCAACCUCAUCAUUUAAUUCAGUGGAUGAAGAAGGAAGCCUUUUCUUGCCUAAAUUACCUGCACUGCCAAAAAGUUACAGUACUUCUGCAAAGAUUUUCAGUGAAGAAAAGUCAGAUGAGAUCACAAAGCUUUUAGGUGAUAAAAGGCUGAAUGCCCUUGUUCUAGGGGGGGAUUCUGGUUUCAUUGAAUUAUAUGCCUAUGGAAUGUACAAGAUUGCAACAGUGACCCAGGUUGCAGGCUGCUGUCUGGAUCUCUGCUUUUCCAGUGACCUGAAAUCUUUGUGCGUAAUCACAAAAAUUCAACUUUCCACAGAAACUGAGCCAACCAUCACCUAUUUUCAGUUGGACACUGCUUUGCUGUCAAAUUGUUUACCUGAAGUAACACGAAUGGCACGAAAAUUUACUCAUAUUUCAACACUUCUCCAGUACCAAAAGCUGUCUUUGGCUUGUAUGUGUGAAGCAUGGGAGGAUAUUUUAAUGCAGAUGGAUCUAAGACUGACUACGUUUGUACAGGAAAAAAAUACAAAAACUUCAGUGCAAGAAGAAUUCAUGCAACUACUAAUGUGGGGUAAAGCAAGUCCAGAGCUCCAGUCUUUGUUGAUGAACCAGUUAACAGUUAAGGGUCUAAAGAAACUGGGCCAGUCCAUAGAAUCGUCCUAUUCCACUAUUCAGAAACUGGUCAUUAGUCAUUUACAAAGUGGCUCAGAAGCUCUUCUGUAUCAUUUAAGCGAGUUAAAAGGAAUGGCAAUGUGGAAACAGAAAUACCAACCUUUAGGAUUGGAUGUAUCAGCAAUAGAAGAUGCCAUAAAUGCUGUGGGAGGAUUUAUACUAAAAGCAAAUGAACUCUUACAAGUUAUAGACAAUAGUAUGAAAAACUUCAAAGCUUUUUUUCGAUGGCUCUACGCAGCAAUGUUGAGGAUGUCUGAUGAUCACGUUUUGCCAGAACUCAAUAAGAUGACACACAGAGACGUGGCUUUUGUUGCUGACUUCCUAUCUGAGCAUUUUAAAGAGGCACCAGAACUUUAUGAUCAAAAGGGGCAGUACUUUAACGUGGAGAGAGUCGGCCAGUAUUUAAAAGAUGAAGAUGAUGAUCUGGUAACUCCUCCAGAGACGGAAGGAAACCCUUGGUUUUCUUUCUUACAGAACAGUAUCCAUCUUAAAGAAAGCCCUUUGUUGUUUCCUUACCAUCCCAAGAAGUCAUUACAUUAUGUUAAAAGACGAGUGCAAGAACAGAUUGACAUUUGCCUACAAAAACCGUCUGAAGUCAUUGGAAAAUCUGUUAGUCAAGUUGUCUAUAUGCCUCUCUACAGGUUAUAUCCAAGUGAGGGUACAGUACCUAGAUUUGCAUUACCGUCAUUCUGGAAUGAUAAGUCUUCAAAUCUACAGUAUAUUGUAUUCACAAUGCACACAGGGAUGUCCUCUAGAAUCUACAUUAUGAGAAGACCAACAGACCUAUCAAGGUCUAUUUCCAACUGGCUGCUGGCUGUGGAAUUUGGAGACUUUUUGUGUAGUAGUAGGAAUGAAACUAAGAAGGAAAGCCAGUUCCACUUUUUGGAUGUUGGCUUUUACGAUGAUGAAAUGCUGACAGUGUUACUGAAGGAGCAAGUAGGAGGAGAAGAGAAAGGUCGAAUUUUGGCACAGCUGCCAUUGUCAUCAAUUUACAUGAGUGAGCAGACAGAGGAGGAAUUCAGAUUGGAUGUUGGUAAAAGGCUGGGUGAGCAGGUUAAUCAAAUUCCUGUUCAGACAGUAACUCUUGAAAAUCAGUGCCGAACCUUAGAAAACAUGAAAGCGCAGUACAUCGCUGCAAAUGGUAUCCGCAAAGUGUCCUGUGUGCUUAGUUCAAAUUUGCGACAUGUACGUGUUUUUGAAAUGGAUGUAGAAGAUGAUGGAGAAGUGGAUGAAGAAGAGGAAGAACCAGAUUCUCAAGAUAUCAGUGGGCUGAAGGAAGAUAUGGAAGAGACCUUGGACACUUUGGUUGGUCCUGAGAACAGUGGAGCUGCUGCUGUUGAAAACCCUGCUUUGCCUGAAGAUGAUGCUUCCAGCCUGGAGUCUGUGCCUGGAAACUGGACUUAGCUUGUUCAGUUUCUGCCAAAAUUCAUUCGACAGCAAGAGACUAAGUUCAGUCUGAUCCAAACUCCAACCUGCCCUACUCUCUCCCUGGUAUAGAUCUAAAUAUACUUUAGGGGUGAAUUGAGUGCAGCUCAGUAAGUAUUGAAUCAGUACUGGCUUAUGCACUUUGCUGUGAAUUUGACUACAUCUAAAACUCCCAGAAUCAAAGUCUCCUCAGGUUGUAAGGAUCUUAGGUGUCAUAAGUUUGGCUUGUUCAACAGAGAUCCUUGUGGCUCAGAUAUGCCCCAGAUUUAAAACCAAAUGGGGAAUCUCACAAGAACCAAAAUGAUAAUUAUGUGAGAAGUGGAAAUGUCAUUGAGGAAAUAAGGGGAUAAGAUGCAUAUCCAUUUACCAGACAGGUUUGAUAUAUUUGAGCCGGUAAGGUCAGUUUUGGAGCAAAAUAAAGGAAGAUUUAUUAUCGAUCUCUCUAUGUCAUGGGAGUGCUUGAUGUUGUCAGUGUCUUUAAAAAGUCCUUACGCUUUUAAUGAGCAUGAAAACAUAUUAAACGAAAAAGUACUCUUACAUAAACCUGCUUGACCAAUGCUUAUUAAGUUGUACAGGAAAAAACGAAAUGAAAACAAACCAUGGUUCCACUGUUGAAUUAUAUUGUACUCAAUCACCCCCCCCACAUCCCUUUAUAAUACUGCAAAUUGUUUAUAAUUCGUUUACCAACACAUUUUCUUCACAAUGUAAAAUACUAUUUGGUUUCAUAUUUGGUGUGCAAUUGCUGCCUUUAUCACACAGUGCUUUUCUCCAUACAUAAUUGCAACUAUGGAAUCAUAAAAAUUACAGCACAAGAGGUCAUUGCAAAUGCACUGGAUAUGCGGUAUUUUGUAAUGAUUUUGUAGUAUUUUGUACAAGUGAUGCUGUUUGUCGCUAUAUACAAUAUAAAUGUUUGUGUUAUUGAGAAUUGUAUCUGA